AUGAAGCUGCGGCUCCAGCAGGUUCAACAAGCUCAACAGGAAGAAAACCGGUCCAAGGGUAACACGGAGGGAGAGGGGGAUAGCCAACAGAGGGAAACCCCCCGGAGACCAACUACUCCGGACGAACAGAACUCAGAUCUUCUUCGGGAAAUAAGGAAAGAAAUGGACGAACUAAGGAGCGCUAUUAAAGAAAAGACAGACCGGAGUGUAGACAAGAUGGGAGAGAAGGAGACGCUGAGGUCAUAUGUCAAGCGAUUCACCCGGGAAACUCUGGAAGUGGACGAAGCUGAUGACAAGGUGCAACUGACGACCUUCAAGGCAGGGUUGAAAUCCAGAGACCUUGUGGCCUCUCUUGCCAAAAACCCCCCGAAGACAAUGGCUGAGAUGCUCCUGAAGGCACAAAAAUACAUGAACGCGGAAGAUGCUCUGGCUGCCAUAAAAGAUACUGAGAGGCUAGGAGACAAGUCCAAAAGGGAAGACGACCGCAGAGGGCAAAAAAGAGACAGACCAGAACGUCGGAACAAUGACGGGAAUAGAAGGAGAGAUGACAAAAAUCCUCGUCAGAACAAGUAUUGCCGGUUCCAUAGAGACCACGGCCACAACACAGAAGAUUGCAGAGACCUAAAGGAACAAAUAGAGGAGUUAAUACGGAAAGGAAAGUUACAGAAAUAUGUAAAGAAAGGAGAAUAUAGCAAGUUCAGAGACGACAACAGGACCCAACAUGAGUCCUUUACUCGGGAUGACGACCAUCCGUCCCAGCCUCCACGAAAAGUGAUCGGGGAGAUAAACACGAUCACGGGAGGACCAUCCUCAGGAGGAUCAUUUAGAUCACUCAAAAAAGCAUGCCACAGACAGGUGAACAGCGUCCACACCGUGCCUCCGUCCAAGCACCGACGAACAUACCAAGACAUGUCCUUUAAUGAAGGAGACGCCAGGGGAGUAAAGCAGCCUCACAAUGAUCCCCUGGUCAUAGUGCUGAAUAUAGAAGGGUUCAAUACCAGGAGGAUCCUUAUUGAUAAUGGGAGCUCAGCAGAUAUCAUCUACCUCCCAGCCUUCCAGCAGUUGAGAUUAGAUCCAAAAAGGCUCCGCCCUUUUGACUCUCCGCUCGUCAGCUUCAGUGGAGACCGGGUCUACUCCAGGGGAAUAGUGACUCUGACGGUGACGGCAGGGACCUACCCGUUGCAGUUGACCAAACAAGUAGACUUCCUGGUGGUAGAUUGCCCCUCGUCCUACAAUGUCAUCGUAGGGAGACCCACCCUAAACAAGUGGAAGGCGGCGACGUCGACCUACUGUUUGAAGGUGAAAUUCCCAACAGACAACGGCGUGGGUGAAGUGAAGGGUGACCAAGUCCUGGCAAGGGAAUGCUAUCAGGCCGUACUGGCAAGAAAAGAGAACCACACGUGGACGAUUGAAGAAAAAGAGGAGGACGGGAUGGAGACCCUGGAAGCAGUGGAGUUGGUAGAAGGAAAUGCGGACAAGACAACCAGGAUAGGGACGACGCUAAGCCCCGAGAUGAGAACGAGACUCAUAAAAUUCCUUAAGGGGAAUCUAGAUGUCUUUGCCUGA